CAGAUCUUUUCUUGGAGCAAUCCGAGCAAAGCCCACAAUCUUACUUUUUGCAAGGGGUCAAGAUGGCAUCCAAAGGCGGCGACAGCAGCACUCCUUCCAGCAGUAGCACCAACAGUACUUCCAAGCAGAAGCGUCAGAAGCGGGUACGCUACGAUGAACCCACUGCAGAGCCUCAAGCGUCGCCUCAUUGGCAAUCCUUGGAGCAUCAACCCAAUGAUCGCUUGAUUCAUUCUUUAGAAGAGCUCAAGUCUGCCUUUGGCGCAGACGUCAAGGAAGCCAAUGAAAAUGCUACUACUGUCGUGGCUGUCUGGAGUACUGUUUGUGGAUACUGUGAAGCCUUGACUACACACAAGGACCCCUCCAAGCGUCAUGGUAUCUACCCCGUACCACUCGAUGCUCUACGACGUCUGGUUCACACCGAAUUUGUUCCGUUUUGCGAGCAACUCCAAAACGACUGUCAAGGGCAAGCACAUCGUGAGGCGGUUCGAGCCGUCUCGAAUGCCAUUUGGAAAAAGGCUCAUGGGAAGAGCAGAGAUGCACGUGAUGAACUGCAUGCCAAUAGCUUGUACGUUUGUUUUCGGGGAGCGAUUGACAAGAGAUCACUGGAUUGCUUGGGAGCUGCCGUGGUCACCAUUGCGGCCUUGCAAAUUGUACUCCAGGACGCACCAUCUACCAGUUUCUUGACACUCAGUGAAGAUCAUGCCUACGAAAGCCAUUGUCUCACAACAACAACAACUUCGCAGCAGCAGCAAGAGCAAGAACAACUGGGAACGUGUGAGAUUGCACUGGCCGGCAACACCAAAGAUGUACAGAAAACCAGGGGUUUGGAUGUCGCGGAUGCAUUGAAAAAAGCCAACAAAAACAAGACAUUGCCCUAUACAGUUACGCCAGAAAAUUGCUGGUUGUACAUGAGAAAUCACGCUGUGAUAUGCCGGACCAUCCCCAUGGUGUUGGCAGCGCUGGUGGGAAAUAUCAAUUGCAGCAUUGUCACGAGGACCAGUAAUACCAUGACAAUCAACACGGAAUACUUUGCCAGUGGUCCUCUCAUGGAUCUCAAACGAGAGUUCCUAUGGAUACUCAAAGAUCAGGGGCAUUUGGGAUCGUUUCCGUUUGCAACUCUCGAAUUGGCAGAAUGCGAAGAUCACCGGAGCACCUCACGGGGAUUGGAUUGGGUCGAUGCUACCGGCAUGGGAAUCAAGGUCAUGGCCGUGGAAAACUUGUACCUCGAGGCGAUUUCCGUUGCCAGGAAUCAAUAUGGAGAUUCGCAGGCCUACCCGUACUUUUGCGCUGGUCACUAUCACAAAGACUCUGUGUGGGAGGAAACAACCACAUCCAAUGACACUGCCAGCAGCAACAACGACGGUGACCCCAAUGGCGACAACAAAACAAGUUUCUAUCAGUUCGACGCCACGCAGGAAUACCGGCUCGCCGAAGCGGUUCGCCUGUACUCCGAAGCCACUCGCGUGGCGAGUCAGUUUGUGUAUGACAUGCAACUGAUGAAACAAACAACCAUGACUGCCAUGCUAAUUAUGAACGACGUCUUGUCGUCCAACAAUCAGCCUCGCAUUUGGUGCUUUGAGGAUCAUGCCGUUGCUACCGGUACUUGGUUGAUUGCCUUUUACGAUUCCCUCAUGGUCUGGGAAGAGCGCUGUGGCGGCAAAUCCUUUUGUGAGAUUCUCACAGCCAAUCACAAAUACUCGAUUGGAAAGCUCUUUGCUCAAUUGAGUCAUUUGGUUCGGAAACGGGUACUGGACCGCCUGUUUUCGGAAGCUAGCAGCGACGGCAACAACAACCUUGGGCAAGCCAUGACAGAGAACAACCUGCGAUUCUUUUCCAAACCACGAUCCAAGAGACUUGUGCAAGGUUCUUCCUUGUUGCUAGCUCUGGGUAAAGAAAAGGUGACUGUAAGAGAUAUGGAAUUGGUCAUACCAAUGCCCGCUUCAGAGGGGGGAAGACGGGCCAAACGAGCAAGGAAGUCAACACGUUAAGAAACCGUGAUGCAGUGGUUGA